AUGAAGUUCUCCAUCGUCCCGGUCGCGGCGCUCAUGGCCGCCACCUCCUCCUCCGUCGUGCUCGCCGACGACUGGAAGUGCAACGGCGUCUGGGGCGACGGCGGCCUCCGUCGCUACUCGUUCAGGUUCAAGGGCUACUGCGAGAACCGCUGGGGCCAGUGCUUCCUCGACAACAUCCGCGGCAAGGGCCUCACCGUGCACAACUGGCAGUGCUGGAAGACGGACGACGACGGCUGGUGGCAGGCCGACUUCUCGACCACCGCGGGCCUGGCCUGGCAGAUCAACAACGCCAUCGAGGUCGUCACCGGCUCGUGGCGCGGCUGCUGGCCCAACCACGAGCUGCAGCUCAGCUCGGUCGCCUACCUGCCUUUCGAUGGCCUCCCCUCUCCCCGUGGGCGCCUCGUCCAAAUACUGAACAUGAACAUUCCAAUGCGUGAGAUCCAACACCGGAAAACUAUCGAGAGUCCAUUCGCCGAGAACAAGCACUGUGCGAUGUACGUUCACGAAAAUUGUUGUGCGGAUGCUAAGCCGCUAGAGAUCUGGCUCCAGGGCCAGGACGGGAAGCCACAGAAAUUUGAACAGCAAUUGUCUUUGCUGGAUCUAGACCAGCGGCAGGAAUGCUUUGCCCUCAUAUUUAUGAACGCAAACGAGGUCUCCAAAUGUGAAACCUGUCGAAGCACUCUGGAGAAACAGUUCUCCAUUCCUAAAUUUUGGUUUGAGCUUUACUGUAGAAGAUCCAAUGGAUAUUUCGGCUCCCAAGACAUCGCCUCUGCGGGCAUUAUGACCUGGGCACGCUUCCUGAUCAAGUUCGUGGAGGAGAACGACGAAUACAAGUGGCUCAAGUUUAACAUCAUGACGUAUGCUCCAUCGGCGAAGAGCCAGAUCAUGCUGGUCUUUGACGCCGUAGACCCUACCAAAGAGCUGCUUCUCCGUUGCCUCAUGGACGGGCCGCAGGACCAAGAGAUGGCUGACGACCUCUUCUGGGUGUACUACCGGAUCCUCAGCGACGUCACCUCUCUCUUCGACAAGUCCAUCUGGGGCCUGCGCACUGUCGUCCGUAAGAUCGAGAGCAUCAAGGUGGACACCGACAACAUCGACCGCAGCUACCGCAAGCUGCACGACCUCGCACGGCACGCUAUUCAUAUCACUGAGACCACCGCAACCACCCUAAGCACUGUCGAGCGGAUUUGCGCCGCGCACGGGCAAUACGCGGACGAAGACGGGCAGUCGACCCUGACGAAGAGCACCCGGAAGCGCGUGCAGGAUCACUUCCUACUGCAGAGGCAGAUUGUGCUCGGGCUGCAGAACCGGGCGCUGGCCACCAAGGACCGGCUGCACAACGAGAUCCAGCUCUCCUUCAACACGGUCGUCAAGAACGACAGCGGCGUCAUGAAGACCAUCGCCCGCCUCACCCUCCUGUUCCUGCCGGCCACCUUCGUCUCGGCCAUCUUCAGCAUGUCCUUCUUCAACUUCAGCCCGGAGCGCGACCUCUGGACCGUCUCCCACAUGUUCUGGGUGUACUGGGUGGUUGCAGCGCCCUUGACGGUGAUGGCGUUCUUCUCGUUUCAAUUCCGGGGCCUUAACAGCGAGUCUGGGUUAGUGUCGAACAACGAGGCUAGCACGAAGAAGGUGGAGGGAGACAGUGUGAAAGGGUAG